AUGAGUGUGGAAAUAUUGGACAGUACCACAAUUGUCAACUUUGUUGAAGAUGAGGCAGCUUUUAAUGCCUAUAUAAGAGAUCGAUUCACUCACCUUGACACUAACCAUGAUGGUCUCCUUUCCUAUAAUGAGAUGCUGGAGGAGUUACAGAGUCUUAGGGUGUUCGAAGCCGAUUUUGGGAACGAUAAGAAGCUUGAUCCAGAUGAGCUUUCGUCUGUCUAUAGUUCUCUGUUUUUGCAAUUUGAUCGUGACUCAGAUGGAAUGGUUGAUCUGGAUGCGUAUAAGACUGAGAUCAAAAGAAUGAUGCUAGCUAUGGCUAAUGGGAUUGGCUUCUUGCCUGUUCAGAUGGUGCUUGAAGAGGGCAGCUUCUUGAUGAAGGCUGUUGAGCGUGAAACUGCAAUAAUGGCUGCUUGAGUAAAGUUACCUUUAACUCUCUGUAUUAGUAAAUUCAAGAAACAAUUCGAAAGAGUGAGGUUUUUGUUAA